AUGUUUUGGCCUAUUUUGAUUAAUCUUUUAGGAUUAGCAUUCUCAAGGAUUCAUCAUACUGAGAUAACGAGCCGAGUAUAUUUUGACAUUUCUCUUGGCGGUGAGCCAACUGGGCGAAUUGUAUUUGGACUAUAUGCUAAAGUAGCACCUAAAGCUGCAGAGAAUUUUCGUGCCCUUUGCACAGGAGAAAACGGAGAGAACUCUGAUGGUGUAAGACUUCACUAUAAGGGCACAUCAUUCAAUAAGAUCGUGAAAAAAAGACUAAUUCAAGGAGGGGAUAUUGAUGGGCAUGGAGGUGUAAGCAUUUAUGGCAAAAGUUUUCCAGCAGAAGAAUUUAAGCUCAGCCAUUCCGCCCCUGGUAUACUAUCAAUGGUAAAUGAUGGUUCCAACACACAUGGAUCUCAAUUUUUCAUCACUACUCGAGGAGUGCCUUCAUUUGAUGGGAAGAAUCUUGUUUUUGGCGAAGUAAUCGAUGGAUUUGAUGUAGUGAAGAAAAUAGAAGAGUAUGGGUCGAAGCCUGAAAAUGAGCUAUCAUCAAUAAAGAUCACAGACUCAGGAGAACUUUAA